AAAGUUGAAGCCCCAUACUCCUACCUUUCUUUUCACACUAGCAGUAGUUAUUAUCACGACCCACCAUGGACGUGGAGUCUGGGAUACCGCCGUCGUCACACGGCGGAAAAUCUCCGGUGACUCGUCUCAAUGAUUACGUGGCAGAAAGCCGAGUCGGCAAGCGUUUCAAGCUCAAGGAACGUAACACCAACUUCACCACUGAGAUUCGUGCAGGCACCACUACUUUUCUUACCAUGGCCUAUAUUUUAGCUGUUAACGCUUCUAUUCUCUCCGAUUCCGGCGGUACUUGUUCAGUUUCCGACUGUAUUCCGUUAUGCUCCGACCCGACUGUCUCCACGACAAACUGCACUAACAAUCCUAAUCUCCAUCUGAUCAAUCCUGAUGUUUCCUGUAAAUUUGAACCCGUUAAUCCGGGUUACGCUGCCUGCUUAGAGAAAACUCGGAAAGAUUUGAUCGUGGCUACGGUGGCUUCUUCUCUCAUCGGAUGUGUAAUUAUGGGUGUUUUGGCUAAUUUGCCAUUGGCAUUAGCUCCUGGAAUGGGCAUCAAUGCUUACUUUGCGUACACGGUUGUUGGUUUUCAUGGUUCUGGAAAUGUUUCUUAUGAAAGUGCGUUAGCUGCAGUUUUCAUUGAAGGCCUAUUGUUUUUACUCAUUUCGGCGAUUGGCUUGCGGGCCAAGCUAGCUAAAUUGAUUCCGAAACCAGUCCGAAUCUCCUCCGGCGCCGGUAUCGGACUUUUCCUCUCCUUCAUUGGGCUACAGAAUAAUCAGGGAAUCGGUCUCGUUGGAUACAGUCCAUCAACACUAAUCACCCUUGCCGGUUGCCCACGGUCAUCUCGGGCAGGAGUAGCUCCGGUAAUUGCCGCCGUAAACGGAACCAUGACUCUGAUCCCCGGCGGCACCGUUUCCGGUGACAUAUUAUGUUUGCAUGAUCGUAUGGAGAGCCCGACACUAUGGCUCGGUAUAGUUGGAUUCGUCAUAAUUGCUUACUGUUUGUCUAAAAACAUAAAAGGUGCAAUGAUCUACGGCAUCAUCUUCGUCACAGCGAUUUCAUGGUUCAGAAACACCAGUGUCACCGCUUUUCCGGAUACUCCGGCAGGUGAUUCGGCUUUCAAUUAUUUCAAAAAAGUAGUCGACGUUCACACAAUCGAGACCACAGCCGGAGCUUUGAGUUUCAAAAACAUAGGUAAAGGUUACUUUUGGGAAGCUUUGAUAACUUUCCUAUACGUAGACAUAUUAGAUACAACCGGUACUCUAUACUCAAUGGCACGUUUCGCCGGUUUCACCGAUGAAAACGGCAAUUUUGAGGGGCAAUAUUUCGCCUUCAUGUCAGACGCAUCAGCGAUCGUUGUAGGUUCGUUGUUGGGGACAUCACCAGUAACAGCGUUUGUCGAAUCGUCAACGGGUAUAAAAGAAGGUGGAAGAACAGGGAUGACAGCGUUAACGGCGGCUGGAUAUUUCUUCCUGGCGUUUUUCUUCACGCCGAUACUGGCAUCGAUACCGGCGUGGGCGGUUGGGCCGCCGUUAAUAUUGGUGGGAGUGAUGAUGAUGAAGUCUGUGGUGGAAGUAGAAUGGGAUGAUAUGAGGCAAGCAAUACCGGCGUUUGUGACGUUAAUUUUGACGCCGUUAACUUAUUCAAUUGCUUAUGGUUUGAUUGGUGGAAUUGGUACUUAUAUUGUUUUGCAUUUAGGGGAUUGGAGUUUGGGGUGGUUGAGGAAAUUUGGGAUAAUUAAGGGAUCAACAAGUAAUAUUGCUGUUUUGGAUAAUGGGGUUAAGGAGAAUAGAAAUGGUAUUUAAUUGUAUAAAAGCAUAUUUGAGUUUGAUUGAUUAGAGAUGGAUUAUAUUUGUCUUUUA